UACUGCGGAUAUGAGUGCGCCGUCUAAUACGAUCUAUUACAGCCUUGCUACAGCUGUUCAACGUGCCAAGGCUCCAGAGGUUUCUCAGGCUGUGCUAGUAGCGCUGGGCCCGGGUGUGUGCGAAUAAGGCGCUCAUCAAGGGAGGAACGACUGUCUCAUGGUCUGACGGCUAAUCAAGGGAUGUGAGAACAAGUUCAGCAUUGGUCCAGCCUCAUUGACGCCCGCCAGCAGGUCAAAUACCCAUAAUGAGCAGGAUCUACAAACCGCAAUAUCUCCACCCCAAAGUGAUAUCCAAUGAUGCGCUUACUUCUAUGCAUGAUCCUCUACCUCGUUGGAGUGAUCCAAGCCGCACCUACUACCAAUGCAACUACUACCAGCGAGUAUUUUGAAGCACCAUCAUUCACGAAUAGAACCCUGUCGAGCAUCAUCUCGAGCUCCGUUCUCACUCUUUUCGCAUGUGUAUAUACCGCCAUCCAUCCAAAUAUUCCGAGUCCUGAGGACAGCCCAUUUUAUAUCCUACGGCGACGACUUGGCAUCAUGAUAGUGGCACUCGUUGUUCCUGAACUGGUCGUAGUAUGGGCUAUGCGCCAGUGGACCAGCGCUCGUAAAGUUACAGAAGACUUCGAGGAAUCAGGGUAUUUCAAUGUUCCUCGGCCGCAGAAGCAAUCUGAAAAUCGUGAGUUGGCUGAAGUGCCUGCAGAGCAACUUGAAGAUCAUGAUAGAGCCCGGCUUCUCGAUGCGCCUGCUGAAGCGUCCACAUUCAAAAAGUUAUUUCAAGCUUACUUUUCAAAUCAAUCCGAAGAUUACGCGUGGACUCAGACCCACAGCUUCUUUCUGCUGAUGGGCGGCUUCAUGCUUUAUGUGGACGGGGAACCCUAUAUCACACUAGAACCUCACGAGAUUCUCAACCUGAUACGUGAAGGGUGUAUCGAUGCCCCCACCCUAACGGCAAAGCAGAUCGGUGACAAGAGCAAAGGCAAUGUGAUAUCGAAAGGAUUGGUCAUCCUUCAGGUGACCUGGUUCAUCCUGCAGCUCAUCACCCGCGCGAUUUAUCACCUCGAAACCACCCAGCUGGAAACAGGGACACUCGCUUUUGCGGUUCUGAAUUUCCUGACCUAUGCUCUGUGGUGGAAUAAGCCUCUCGAUGUGCAGUGCCCAUACCCGGUGUAUUGGAAGUCGACCGAGUCAAAGCUAGAGGAUCACAUCAAUGUUGUCACUUAUGAUGAUGAAGAGGAUGUGAUUAGCGCGAUCAUCGUUCCAAUAUUGGAACUGACGAGCAGCUUCGUUUACAGGCAUAGGCUCCGAGUUCCUACAUUUGAUGGCAGCCUUGGGGCACGUAACAAGUGGAUACUUGUAUUUGCCGGAAUUCUGAUUGCGACCACCUUUGGCGGCAUCCAUUGUAUAGCUUGGUUUUUUACCUUUCCUACAAAUCUGGAACAGGUCCUGUGGCGCAUCAGUGCCGUCGCUAUCACUUGCACACCAUGCCUUGAAUAUCUUUCGUUUAAUUUCAUAUUUGGUGACAAAAUCACUAUAAAGCCUGAAAUUAUUAGACAAAUAAUAUACAUGUUGUCUAUUGUUACUACAGUUACAUUUGGCCUGUUGUACAUUGUAGGUCGUGUUAUGCUCGUGGUACUUAUGUUCACGACAUUACGCCAUCUUCCUCUUGACGCAUACACGACGGUGUCGUGGAUUAGUUUGGUGCCGCACUUGUAGUUUGCUUACUUUGAUCCUUUUAAAAUCAUACUCAGGAUUAUAACCCAUAUGUAGCUAGGGUUUAUCCGACGAAAAAAGGCAACUUGAACUUGGUCUUUGUUUGCACUCCACUUGCACGGGUAUGUCAUAGUAUGUCAGUACUCCAGCGUCGUUGGUUCUGCUGCUUGUCUCCAACCAACACAACCGAUAUCACAUCACUCCACUCUCCUAUGUAAGUACUUAC